GCAUGUUGUUAUUUUUCACCGUUCUAUUUAUUUUCACCGUGAAUUCGUUGCACUUGGAAGGUGACGGCCAGUGCUCUUCUAUUAGAGGCAAAAUUUUACCUCAAAAAUGGUCCGAGAAAGUGCCGAAGAGUCGUCCUUUGGACCUAAAAAAAUGACCAAAAAGUCCAUCGUGGAUUCGUGCAAGAAGAACAAACUCUACAUCACCCCCCACCUCAACGACAUCCUCUAUCUGCACUAUUCGGGCUACAACGCAAUAGAAUCGCUCGAAGAGUACGUCGGACUAAAGUGCCUCUGGUUGGAGUGUAACGCCAUUUCGGCCAUCAGCGGGCUGGACAACCAAAGUCAGCUCAAGUGUCUGUAUCUGCAGAAUAAUUUGAUUACGAAAAUUGAAAACUUGGAUAGCUGCAAGCAGCUUGAUACACUGAACUUGUCUCACAACUACAUCAACAAGAUUGAAAAUUGCGGAAAUGAGAUCCUUCCCGUUCUCAACACUCUGAACAUAUCACAUAAUUAUCUUAAAGCGGCUGACAGCCUGGACCAGCUUAGAGAUUGCCACUUUGUUUCGGUGCUGGACAUUUCCCACAACCGAAUCGAGGACAUCGCCAUUGUAAAGAUUUUGAGCGACAUGAAGUCCCUCCGUGUACUUACCUUGACCGGAAAUCCAGUGGUCAAUGAAAUUCCCUCUUAUAGAAAGACGCUGAUUUUGGAAUGUAAAUCUCUAACCUAUCUGGACUCACGUCCCGUGUUUGAUCGUGAUCGCGCUUGCGCCGAAGCUUGGAAACGUGGCGGAUUCGAAGAAGAGCGCAAGGAGCUGAAACGCUGGCAGAAGGAAGAGCAACGGAAGAUUCGACGCAGCAUCAACGCAACACUAAGAAUGCGACACAAGGGCGAUGGAGAACCGGAGUUGCUCAAAACAAGCAGCGACGAAGAGGACGAGAGCUCGGCAAAGAAGAGCAAACCGGCUGCCGAACCGGUGCUGGAAAUAAACGAGGUGAGCAACGAGCAAGCCUGGGAUGACGUGGAGAAGCUGUUUUGCAAGACCCCGAGCAGCGAAGGCUCGAUGAACAUCUUCCAACGCUUCAAGCCGAACCGCCCUGGCGGUGUCUGUGGCACCGAUGACUAUGAUGAGGAAGAUCUAGAAUGUGAUCGUGAGGAAGAUAUCGUUGUUCAGGAGACUAUUACUUCGAUCAACGAGAUUGGUGGCUUGCCAAAGAAGAAGUUGAUCGAGGAGAUUCCUUCAGAUGACGAAAAGCAGUUUGAUGAUGAUGACAAGUCUAAUGACGAUCUUGAUCAAGAUUGUUCCGAUUUUCCAACCGAAAGUGAAUCUCAGAAUGAACCAAAGACGCUCGUUGAAGAGAUUCAUACCGAGGGAAGCGAGGAAUCUUCGCCGCAGCAAGAGAUUGAGCAUGAUCCACCCGUAGCUCCCAUCCCGAAGAACAUGGACAAGGUCAAGUCUACGGAGCUGGAAGACGACACGCUGAACGUGGUGAUCGAGAACAAGGAAGACAUUUCGAUCUCGCUGGAGACCAAGGAAGGCGAACUCAUCAGCAAGGUCGAAUCGCGCCCAUCGUCGUCCCAAGGCAAAACGUACACCGUCGUUGAUGUGAACGCUUCCGACUCAGAACCCACGGAAAUAACCAACGACGAUCGGGACGGCAAGAGCAGCAGCCUAUCGGUGACCUCAGGUACGGACUCAUCUGAAGACGAAGACAUGUUCGAUAAGAUCGUUCCGGUUAAGAACCGCAAGUUGGCGACUCGCUACCAACCGGAUUCAACGACUUCUACCGACUCGGAGGAAGAAGAGGCGCCUCCAAAUUACCCGGAUAACGUGCGACGGGACAAGUCUAUCGCUCAGUACAUUGACGAGUACAAGAAGUUCUUCCGUGCUGCAAAUGUCCUUGAUAGUCCGCCGAACAAAACCCGUAUGGAUCGACCGCAGACGGCGAAGAAUAAGCGAACCGAUCCGAUUAUCUACGAGGGAGUCCUGAAGACGAUGGAGAAGAACUCCAACGAAGCAAAGAUCAAUGAGGCGCGUGCUGAAGCGAAAGAGUCAAAGGAGCAGAUUAUUGAUCGAUUGAUCGCUCAGCAAGAGCAGGUCGAUAUGGACUUGGAUGAGCAGGAUUUUUCAAUCGGUGGAGAAGUGCACAACUUUAAAAAAUACCGUCUGGAUGCCUUCCGCAAGGAUCAGGACAAGCUGCAAGUACUGAUUGAUCGGGUGACCGCCCAGAAGGAUCGCUACAACGCCCACAUUGAUCAGAUUCACGACCAGAUGGCAAAUAUUAUGGAUGAUUACGAGCAAAUUAGCGAGAAACUUCGGAAGGUUGACGACUUGAUUCAGAACAUAAACGAUGACCUCCCCAAAACGGGAAAGAAACUUGAUUUUGCUGAAGAGAUUGAAGAGAUUCCGGAAGAGUUGGAGGUAGAAGAGACCUCUGACGAGAGCGACCCCAAAGAAGAAGCCAAAGAAGUGGCCCAACAAAUGAUAGAGCACAUCAUAAAUAGAUGCGAGAAUGAGAUUCUCCGUGCACCAACACCGAUUCUAGACAGCUCAUCUGACUCUUCAGAAGAUUUAACUGACGAUGAUAUGGCCGCCUUGUUACUCCCGAAACGCACCGUUCUAGACAUUUUAUCCUCCCCAAAACCGAUUCCAAUUCAAGAACCAGUGAUUGAAGGGCUAGCCCAGGAUCCAGUCUACCAAAAGUUCAUCGAGAUCCAAGAGGAAAUCGACCAAAUCACCGAGGAUGAGCUGUACAACAUUGUAACCGAAGCCGCCGGCGAGUUGUCCGGCGACUCAACGAUUACCCAGUGCCUGAACACUGAAGUGGACCAAUACUGGAAGCAGUACGACAACAUUGACGAUUUCCGCAAGAACAUAAACCUGGACUCGCAUCCCAUCAUCCAGAAGUUCCGCCAGUUUAUCCGCUGUCACUGCGAGCAGGAUCAGCAGGAAACGGCCUCCAACCUGGACAAGGCCUGCCGCAAGCUGGAGCGCCGUUUGUCGAACAGUUUGUUUGACGAGUACUUGAUUCUGAGCCGGAAGGUCAGUAUCGCCACUAACGGAGAGUCCAGCGCGAACGAGUUGGAGCUGAUCGAGGUCGACGAGGGCGUAACGGAAGAGCUAGUCGAGGCUCUGAACAAGGUGACGGCUUGGGAUGAGACUGGUGGAAGGGAUGGUGAGCUGAACCAGUUGGACGAAGAGGCGAUCGAGCCGGAACAAGCUGGUGAUGUGGACGCGGAGUUGGAAGACGCCGAGUCAAAACCAGCUGAGGAAGAAUUACCAUUUGAUACCGAACAGGUUGAAAACGAGGGAGAGGUUUUCUUUACUAAAUGUUUGGACAACAGUGAUAUUCUAUAAUUUAUUUGUUCACACGAAAAGCGACUUAAUGUAAUAAAUGCACGUCUUCUUAGCAAUACUUGGUGAAACUCAUUAUUUGGUAUUCGAAAGUAGCCCUCUUUCUAGUAUUCAAUAGUAACGCACUUUGUCUUGAGGUAUUCGUUGAGAGCUUCCUUUCCUACAAUGAGAAGAGAACA